ACGCCGGUUUGUUGCUUUUGCUGGCCCUGGCGAGGUAGCGUCUGGAAAGCGCUGCUCUUCCGGUUCUCUGUCCCGGUUCCUGGGGUUGCACAGACAGACCCUGCAAACAUGUCAGGGUUCAGUCCGGAACUCAUCGACUACUUGGAAGGGAAAAUCUCCUUCGAGGAGUUCGAACGGCGGAGAGAAGAGAGAAAAACCCGCGAGAAGAAAGUGAGGCGAUGCUAGGCCUCGGUGCCCUUCACUCUCGUUGCCCUAAUACACUUAGGUGUCGGGGACCCAGACGACCGCUUUCACCGUGAUGGGGGCGGGCUGGGAACUUUCAGCAGCUUCUUCUUUAUCUUACCGAAACUUCGGUUUUCACCCCUCAUCCCUGUGCUAAAAUCCUUAAAACGUUUUCGCCCACCGAAAACCUUUCGUCUUGGUGGUAACCUCUUCUUUUUCCCCCUAAUACUACGUUUUUAUUUCAGGGUAGCUUAACGCUGAGUCUUCAGGAAAAAGGAAAGUUGUCAGCUGAAGAAAAUCCCGAUGACUCUGAAGUUCCAUCGUCAUCAGGAAUUAACUCUACCAAAUCCCAAGACAAAGAUGUCAAUGAAGGAGAAACAUCAGAUGGAGUGAGUAAGUCAGUUCACAAGGUCUUUGCUUCCAUGCUUGGAGAGAAUGAAGAUGAUGAGGAGGAAGAGGAAGAAGAGGAGGAGGAGGAGGAAGAAACACCUGAGCAACCCACUGCUGGCGAUGUCUUUGUAUUGGAGAUGGUUCUCAAUCGUGAAACCAAGAAAAUGAUGAAAGAGAAAAGACCUCGGAGUAAACUUCCCAGAGCUCUGAGAGGUCUCAUGGGUGAAGCCAACAUUCGUUUUGCUCGAGGAGAACGUGAAGAAGCGAUAUUGAUGUGCAUGGAAAUCAUAAGACAAGCUCCUCUGGCUUAUGAGCCAUUCUCUACUCUUGCCAUGAUAUAUGAGGACCAAGGUGACAUGGAAAAAUCAUUGCAGUUUGAGUUGAUUGCUGCACAUUUAAAUCCCAGUGACACAGAAGAAUGGGUUAGACUGGCAGAAAUGUCUCUGGAACAAGACAAUAUUAAACAGGCUAUUUUUUGCUAUACAAAAGCUCUUAAAUAUGAACCUACUAAUGUCCGUUAUCUGUGGGAGCGAUCAAGCCUUUACGAACAGAUGGGUGAUCAUAAAAUGGCCAUGGAUGGUUAUAGGCGUAUUUUAAACCUUUUGUCUCCAUCUGAUGGCGAACGUUUUAUGCAGCUGGCUAGAGAUAUGGCAAAGAGUUACUAUGAAGCCAAUGAUGUUACUUCUGCUAUUAACAUAAUUGAUGAAGCUUUCUCAAAACACCAGGGCCUAGUCUCUAUGGAAGAUGUUAACAUAGCAGCUGAACUAUAUAUUUCUAACAAACAGUAUGACAAAGCUUUGGAGGUAAUUACAGAUUUUUCUGGAAUUGUGCUGGAAAAAAAAACUUCAGAAGAAGGCACCUCAGAAGAGAAUAAAGCUCCUGAGAAUGUCACCUGCACUAUACCUGAUGGCGUGCCAAUAGAUAUCACAGUGAAGUUGAUGGUCUGCCUUGUACAUCUCAACAUUCUUGAACCACUUAACCCUCUCUUGACAACACUAGUAGAACAGAAUCCUGAAGAUAUGGGAGACCUAUACCUAGAUGUUGCUGAAGCUUUUCUGGAUGUUGGUGAAUAUAAUUCUGCACUUCCCCUCCUCAGUGCUCUUGUUUGCUCUGAAAGAUACAACCUUGCAGUAGUUUGGCUUCGUCAUGCAGAAUGUUUAAAGGCCUUAGGCUAUAUGGAGCGAGCUGCCGAAAGCUAUGGCAAGGUGGUUGAUCUGGCCCCACUCCAUUUGGAUGCAAGGAUUUCACUUUCUACCCUUCAGCAGCAGCUGGGCCGGCCUGAGAAAGCCCUGGAAGCUCUGGAACCAAUGUAUGAUCCAGAUACUUUAGCACAGGAUGCAAAUGCUGCACAGCAGGAACUGAAGUUAUUGCUUCAUCGUUCUACUCUAUUGUUUUCACAAGGCAAAAUGUAUGGUUAUGUGGAUACCUUACUUACUAUGUUAGCCAUGCUUUUAAAGGUAGCAAUGAAUCGAGCCCAAGUUUGUUUGAUAUCCAGUUCCAAGUCUGGAGAGAGGCAUCUCUAUCUUAUUAAAGUAUCGAGAGACAAAAUAUCAGACAGCAAUGACCAAGAGUCAGCAAAUUGUGAUGCAAAAGCAAUAUUUGCUGUGCUUACAAGCGUCUUGACAAAGGAUGACUGGUGGAAUCUUCUGUUGAAGGCCAUAUACUCCUUAUGUGACCUAUCCCGAUUUCAAGAGGCUGAGUUGCUUGUAGAUUCCUCAUUGGAAUAUUACUCAUUUUAUGAUGACAGGCAAAAACGCAAAGAACUAGAAUACUUUGGUCUGUCUGCUGCAAUUCUGGACAAAAAUUUCAGAAAGGCAUACAACUAUAUCAGGAUAAUGGUAAUGGAAAAUGUCAAUAAACCCCAGCUCUGGAACAUUUUCAAUCAAGUUACCAUGCACUCCCAAGAUGUACGACAUCAUCGCUUCUGUCUCCGUUUGAUGCUGAAAAACCCAGAAAAUCAUGCCCUGUGUGUCUUAAAUGGACACAAUGCAUUUGUAUCUGGUAGUUUUAAGCAUGCGCUUGGACAGUAUGUGCAAGCCUUUCGCACUCACCCUGAUGAACCUCUCUAUAGCCUCUGUAUAGGCCUGACCUUUAUUCAUAUGGCAUCUCAGAAGUAUGUGUUACGGAGACAUGCUCUUAUUGUACAGGGCUUUUCCUUUCUUAAUCGAUACCUCAGUUUACGUGGGCCCUGCCAGGAAUCAUUCUACAAUUUGGGCCGUGGCCUUCAUCAGUUGGGGCUGAUUCAUCUUGCAAUCCACUAUUAUCAGAAGGCCCUGGAGCUCCCUCCACUUGUGGUAGAGGGCAUAGAAGUUGACCAGUUAGACUUACGAAGAGAUAUUGCCUACAACUUGUCUCUCAUUUAUCAGAGCAGUGGGAAUACCGGAAUGGCUCAAAGGCUUCUGUAUACCUAUUGUUCUAUAUAAAGCACCGCAACUGAGAAUGGAGUAAUGGCAGCUGCUGUGUGAGGACCAGUAUCUUCUGUCUCAGGGCUUAUUAUUCGUAACUCCAAAACAGAAAUGACAAUUUCAGAAUUACCUAACACUGUAUUUAUUUUUAAUAUGUAAUAAUUAUCUUGUGGUAUAUAUGCAAAAUUAUUCCUACAAAAAUUUGUAUAUUCUGUCAUUUUCCUUUCGCAUUCUAUAGUGAAAUUGUUCCCAAUGCUGAAAUGGACAUAUAAGCCUUUGAGCUAGCUUGCAGUUGAAUACACUAUUUUUAACUCACUUUAGCUUUGUAUUUAAUACUAUAGCUCUGUCAGUAUCACAUGAGGCAGUUUUUCAAAUAUGUAUAAACAGAGGUUGUUUAUUAUUAAGGGGAAGACAAAGUGGGACUCUUGAUGAUGUCAUGACCAUGAUAACUAAGCACCUAAGAAAAUUAUUUAAAAUAGUUAUGUCGUAGGUGGAAGACAAAUAAUUUAGUCUUUUACUUUUCACCUGCAUGUAUCUUAGCUACCUCAACUGAAACAUGGGAUGCUGGGCUUAAUUCAAAACAUAUUGCUCCAAGGCAAAUAAAAAAAUGCUUCAUCUAUA